CAGAUGGCCUUUCUUCAGAGCCGUUCAAUAUCAUUAGUGGAUAUGUACAUUGACAAUUCGGAGCCAUCAGAAAACGUGGGUCAAAUUCACUUUUCACUGGAGUACGAUUUUCAAAAUACAACACUAAUUCUUAAAAUUUUACAGGGUAAAGACCUGCCGGCCAAAGAUCUAUCAGGCACAAGUGAUCCCUAUGUAAGAGUGACAUUACUCCCCGAUAAAAAGCACCGAUUAGAAACGAAAAUUAAGAGACGAACCCUCAAUCCCAGGUGGAACGAGACCUUCUAUUUCGAAGGAUUUCCCAUCCAAAAGUUGCAGUCUAGGGUUUUGCAUCUACACGUCUUUGAUUACGAUCGGUUUUCACGAGAUGAUUCAAUUGGGGAAGUCUUUUUACCACUGUGCCAGGUUGACCUUAGCGAAAAGCCAUCAUUUUGGAAAGCUUUAAAACCGCCAGCUAAAGACAAAUGUGGUGAACUUCUUACAUCACUUUGCUAUCACCCCAGCAACAGCACCCUCACACUUACCUUGCUCAAAGCGCGCAAUCUUAAAGCUAAAGAUAUCAACGGAAAGUCUGGCGCAACCGAAUGUGAUUCUAUUACUAUAGCUAUUAACGAUAGCGAUUUAGAAUUUGUUCCUGUAGCUGAAGUGCCAAUAUUUCAUGGAUCGGAAUAUUACGACUAA